AAAUCCUGGUGAAGACCCAAGAGCGAGAAGCAUCCUUCGGCUCAGCCCCUCUGUGAUAAGAGGCGCCGGGCGAGAGAUGCUCCCAUGGGCGGCCACGGCCUCCUCCUCCUCCGCCGCCGCCGCCGCUCUUCUCCAUGCCUCUCCACUCCCCGCUUCCCACCGCGCUGCACUACCUCGCUACCGUCCGUCUCCCUCUCUUCCGCCGCCGCUCUCAGUUGCCUUCCGUUCCCCGGCACGUGCCCUCCCUCGCGGCGGCGACGCCUUCUGGGAGGAGCCAGACGACGGCUCCGGGGGCGACUACGAGGAUGACGGAAAGCAAGCGACCGGACAAAGAAGCUCUCCUUUCCCUCCCCCCUUCCCUCUCUCCAGGCUCGUUGCAACGCGGCAGCAGGAGCGUCAAGAGCAGGAUCUCCGGAGAGAAAUCGAGCUUCUCUUAACGCCGGAAGAAGAGGCUAUCUUGGAUCAGAAUGAGACCGCUGAUGUCACCAAAAUAUCAUCACCGAAAUGGCAUCCGCUUCAUACAUAUGCGUUGGCGCUGCAGAUACCUCUCAUGGACAAGCUGCUGGACAAUGGUGUUGAUAUCGAUUUAGUUGAUAAAGAUGGUUUCACUCCUCUUCACAAGGUGAUAAUAGGCAAAAAGGAGGCUGUCAUUAGCCAUCUCCUAAGAAAAGGAGCGAAUCCUCAUGUCACAGAUAGGGAUGGAGCCACACCAUUACAUUAUGCAGUUCAAGUUGGUGCCCUGCAAACCGUAAAGCUGUUGAUUAAGUACAGGGUUGAUGUUAACGUUGCUGAUGUUGAUGGCUGGACACCACUGCAUUUGGCAGUACAGAGUAGAAAUCGAGAUAUAACAAAGAUAUUGCUUGUCAAUGGUGCUGAUCAGACAAGAAGAACCAAUGGUGGGAAGACUCCAUUGGACCUGAGCUUAUGUUUCGGAAGGGAUUUCAACUCAUAUGAUCUGGCAAAGCUUCUCAAACUUGUUCCAGCCAACAGAGGUGUGUGAGGUUCUGUUCUGACAAAAGUUCGAGACAAUGGUCAAAUGUUAGAAAGUUAGUAGAACAUGGGAACUCUGUCUUAAGGUGAUUACUCCGAUUGUUCGUGGACUGUUGAUCCCUCCUUUGCAUCCGGAUUCUAGAAGCUUAUGUAGAUGGAACCAGAAACAUGUAACCCGACAAGGACGAAAUAGUCAGCGCUAGAUGAAAUUAUCCUAUUUGAGGACUCCAUGCAACUUGGAACUUGGAAAAUUUGCUCUGCAGUUGUUCUCAUGGACAUGCUGUCUAGUUUGUACAUCAUGCCUUGGGAUAAGCAGUGGGCAUACAGGAAAUCAAACUAAUUGACAGAGGGUAUCUCAGUUGGUGGUUAUACUGUAACUGCAUAAAGCUGGCCGCAGAUGUUGUGAUUGUUUCGGAGACGAGUUGGUAUUACCAGUUACUACAUGAUUGCAACAUUAUGAAGUUGUGAUUGUUUUUCUUCAAA